AUGAGCGGAACGUCCUCGGGAUGGUGUGGUGCGGUGAUGGUGUGCGCGCUGGUGACCACCCUGCUGGCGGGCGGCGGCGCCGACGAGUGCGCUGCGUCCGCCGACGGCCGAAAGUCACCCGGCUGCGUCACCGCUAGCACAACGUCAGACGAUUUGGACGAGGAGAGCGAUACUGCUUCUUUCUUGAUCGUGGUCGAGCACCAGGACGGCUGGCGCUGCGCGGCGUCGCUGGUGUCGAUGCGGACGGGCGUGACGUCGGCGCGUUGCGCGCGCGGCCGCUCCGGCUCGUUGCCGCGCGAGCUGUGGGCCCUGGCGGCCGCGCAGCUGGCCCGUCGCCCGCCCCACCCGGACGAGCGCCACGCGCCGCGCCACGGCACCUCCCCCGCCUCCACCGCCCGCCGCGUCUCCCGCAUCGCCCUCGCUGGCGACCGCCGACGGGAGGGCGACGACGUAUACCUGGACGAUCUCGCCGUGCUCGAGUUGGAGGCGCCGUUCGGCUCAGCGGCGCGCACCCGGCCUAUACUGAUGGCGACGUCGCGCGGUGAAUGCGAGAAAGAGACGACCUGCCACGCGGUGAGAGCGGCCACCGCCGGGGGGCACCACCGCGCCCGGUUCCACGUGGUCACCGCCUCCAUAGUGGCCGGCUCGCAUUGUGCGUCGCGCGUGCUGCACUGGCUGGAGAUCAGCGACCGGGCGCUGUGCCUCGCCGGCGACGAGCUGUGCACGAACGAUCGCGGCACGGGCGUCGUGUGCGGAGGCAAGUUGUGCGGUGUGCUAAGCGAGUCGGUGCCGGAGUCCGCGUCGACGGAGACCGACGGCUGCGGUGGCACCCACGUGGCGCAGAGCGUGGCCCGCUGGCGAAGCUUCCUGCACUGCGCCCACACUCUACGCGCUUGCGGACGAGGGGAUUGUGAAACGCUGUGCAGCGAGCAUCGUCUCCUCAACGGUGACUCAACCACAGAAAUAGAGACUGUUGGGACUCGGCCGUUUGUGUCGACCGCCAAUUCAGUACCAACGGAAACGCCAACACGGCGCCGAAAGCAGUCGUCAGCGGCGCAGACGUCCACCGAACCGAUCUUAGAUCCGCUCGCCGAAGGGUCCGUCGAACCGGGCCUGCAGUUCACGGUCGCGGCAUGCUCAGGAGUUCGAACCCAACCGUCCCGACUUCAAGGUCUUAUAACUGAGCUUGCGGGCGAGUACGGCGACAACGCGGCUGAGUAUGAGGAGGCGACGCCGAUGAUGAGGGCGCGCGAGCAGUUCGCCACCAGCUCGCAGGCUCCCGUGGCACGCUCUCCCUCCAGCAGCCACUCCAUGGACGCCACGAAGCAUUCCCCCCCGCCGGCCGAGUCGCUCCGCGCGGCCGCAGCAAGCGCCACCCCGCACGCCGCCCUUGCGCUAAUCCAGCUGACGUGGCUCACGCACAACGUUCAUUUAUUC